AUGAAAAGUACAGACAAAGGAAACACUAUUUUAACUCUUGCACCACCUCCACCUAUGAGGGAAGAAUAUUCAUAUGACGACGAUAGGAAAGAACAGAAUUCGAUGUCAGAGGAGAAAGAACAAGAUGAAUCAUAUUCCGAAUCUAUCGACACAGAAGAAGAAGAACUUAUCAGAGAAAGUAUUCAAAGUAACCCUUCGGUAUCAUCUCUAUAUUCACAACCUCCUCUUUCAUCAUCAUCAACACAAAAGAAGAAAUUUGUUUAUAUCUUCAAGAAGAGAACAACAGCAAAACAGUUCACUGAAGACGUUUUGUUCGAGAUAUCAAAGUACUUUAAAACAGAACAUGACUAUCUCACGUUCACACAAAUCAACAACAGAUGUUCAGGAAUUAUCGACCGAUUCACGUAUAACCCUAUUAGGGCUUCAAAACUCUUUAAAAACGCGACGGUACAAUACCUAACAUCACCCACAGACCUACGCAUCCCAAACGCGAAAACAUUUGUUUGGACGUUUCCUUGUCAACUGUCAAAGGCUCAAAGACUCUCUGAAAAAAACAUCUUCCUCAAUUUGCAGAUCAACGCGGGCUAUGUCGAAUUCUAUGGACCAAAAAUCCCCGUGGAGGUCAACACAAUCGGCGAGAAGACGUUUUACAUGAGAAAAGACGUGGAGAAAAUUUGUAUCCCAACACGUGUCCGGACGGUGUCGAAGAUGGCGUUUGAGGGGUGUGAAAGGUUGCGGAAGAUUAACAUCCCACAAAGUGUCACAACGUUGGACGAUAUGUGUUUCAAAGGAUGUGCAACACUUUCCAAAAUCACAAUGACAGACUCCAUCAAGAAAAUCGGCAACGAGUGUUUCAACGACUGCCAACAACUUGAAUUUCCAAAGCUGCCUUCCCUCUUGACAGAGCUUGGCAGUUUCGCAUUUUUGAACUGCAAAAAGUUGACAGUGGUCGACAUUUCUUCCUUCAUUCAAGUGCUCCCAAAAAGUUGUUUUGAGGGGUGUGACCACCUUCAAAAAGUCCAUCUUCCCGAUGGUUUGAUGAAAAUUGGGGAAUACUGUUUUUCGAAAUGCACAACACUUGAAUACUUGGAAUUGCCAAAGUCCGUGAGUGACGUCGGUGAGUCGUGUUUUUCGAAUUGCGAGACGUUGAAGAACGUCUCGUUUGGGAAUAACUUGAAAAGAGUACCAAAGAUGUGUUUCAUGGAUUGUCAUCAAUUGGAGAACGUCGUCGGACUUGAGCACAUCGAAAGCCUUGGCGAAAAUUGCUUUGAAAACUGCGAGAAACUGAAUAAUGUGUGUGUUGGAGAAAACGUCGUGAAAGUGUCAGAGAAUUGCUUUUUCAGCUGUACAAGUCUCGACAACGUCACACUACCGAAGCGGCUUGAAACAAUCGAGAAGAACGCAUUUUAUAACUGCAAGAGUCUGGUUGAGAUAGACUUGCCAAAGACGUUAAGGAGUAUUGAAGAUGGGUCUUUUCAGUUCUGCUCAAACCUCGAGUUUUUGAUAUUGCCGCCAAAGCUUGUCAACUUUGGAAGAAAUUGCUUUAAAGGGUGUAAGAGACUUGAGGAACAGAUUCUUGUACCUGACGACUGUUUUGGUGUGUUCAAUGAUUUUUAG